UCUCAAAUAGUGACUUGACUUGACUUGACUUGAUUCGAGUCUCAAUCCCUGUCUGCCCGUCUCUACUUGUCUCUACUUGUCUCUACCUAAUCUAACCUUACAUUGCCCUACUUAUCGCCCUACCUGACCUGGCCUACCUAUCUUGUUUUGCGCCUGUUUACUAUUGCACAGCCCGAUCACUCCCCACUGUCCUCGGCAUUGUCUUCUUCUCGAUUCCUCCAUCCCGUCAUUCUCUCUUAUAUGUAUUUGGUAUAAUCGCCUACCUUACGGUGCUAGGCGCUCCCUUACGGCUAAAGCCUCUAUAUCCCCGAACAACAGGGUUCCUAUACGAUACUAUACGAUACAGUACUACAUAUUAUGACUACAGUUAUCUAACCUAGUCUCUCUUAGCGUCCCACCGUCACAAGACUUUAGCCAAACGCCUCAUAUAUGACGACAACUCUAUACAGAUUCUCAAGUAUCUUGUGCGCCCAAUUCUUUGACGCCAAUCUACACAAGCCUUUGUGCAAUCUUUCUUUCCUGCCUACCGCACCUCCUAUCGCCGUAUCAAAGACCAAAAGAUCAGCGCAUUUCUCCGCACCGCUUAACAACUUAGGCGCAUCCUACAUAUUGACCUCAUAUCCCCCUCCCACAAUCGACAGCUUCAACUCCCGAAAAUCUGGCAGGGAACAAGCGACGCAGUCUCUCCUCUCAGGGAGGUCUGCUUAAUAGAAUGUUUGGCGGCGGCUCUAGUUCUGCUGCGUCUAAAUCCGAUACUGUUGUAGCCGACUCUACGAAGUCGGAGAAGAAAUCCCCGUCUCCGGACCGAAAGCACGAGUCUGCUUCGGGUGCGACCCCGUCAAAAUCUCCUGAUCAAGCGACUAGCGGCGAGAAGCGCAGUGGAAAUGGUAGCCCGCCCGGGCGACAUAAUCCCGAUACGGGUAAUUCGGAGAAGAAGCGCAGGAGUUCUGGCGUCGGGAGCAAAGCUAGCAGUCUUAUAGCCAGCGCCAAGAAUAGCUUGAAUUUCGGCCAGGCUGGCAGGACAAAUAGUGACGCUAGCUCUCAGACUCCUCUACAGAAACUAGGCAAGCAAGAUCAAUCUCUUGCGGUACCUCAAGGCCAGCACAAUAACUCUGCUGGCGAAUCCCUUCCCGGUCCACGAUCUACCUUCCGCGUCGGUGUCUGGGAAGACAGGAACAAAAAAUGCCGUCGUACAAUGGAAGACACGCAUGCGUUCCUCUACAAUUUCCUGCAUACUCCCGCACCCCUUAUCGCCCCAGAUUUGGGUAACAAGAGCCAAAAGUCCCAAAGGUCUACAUCAGAGGAUUCUAGCCAGCCUGAGAUGAGCGCGCAGGAUAUAGUAGAAACUGACAACGGCUACUUCGCAAUAUUUGAUGGACAUGCUGGUACCUUCGCUGCAGACUGGUGUGGGAAGAAGCUGCAUCUUAUUCUCGAAGACACUAUACGACGAAAUCCCAACGUGCCCAUUCCCGAACUUCUUGAUCAGACCUUCACCAAUGUUGAUGCACAGCUCGAGAAGCUUCCUCUUAAGAACAGUGGCUGUACCGCAGCAAUUGCUGUCUUGCGUUGGGAGGAUCGGGUUCCUAGCUCAAACUCUGCGACCGGUUCCCAAGCCAUCGCUCCGGCGGCUGCUGCUGCUUCAAAGGCGCCGGAUACGUUAAAACCCCGGGAUGCGAAGCUUGAGAACGAUGGUGGUAACAAUGCUAUCGUCGAAUCAGCUCAUGCAAGGCUGAAGGGUACUGCGGUUCGGCAGCGCGUUCUAUACACGGCAAAUGUGGGUGAUGCUAGGAUCAUUCUAUGUAGAGCUGGUAAAGCAUUACGUCUUUCAUAUGACCACAAGGGUAGCGACGAGAACGAAGGAAAGCGGAUCUCGAAUGCCGGAGGCUUGAUCCUCAAUAACCGUGUGAAUGGUGUAUUGGCUGUCACUCGAGCUCUUGGAGAUACGUACAUGAAAGACCUCGUAACAGGUCAUCCAUACACCACCGAAACCGUCAUCCAGCCCGAAAUAGACGAGUUUAUCAUCAUUGCUUGCGACGGUCUCUGGGAUGUUUGUGAAGACCAAGAUGCUGUUAAUCUCGUUCGCGACGAACGAGACCCGGCGGCUGCGGCUAAGAAGCUUGUUGACCAUGCCUUAGCUCGCUUCAGUACAGACAACUUGUCAUGCAUGAUCGUUCGAUUCGAUAAGGCUGCCCUGCUAGAGAAUCAAAACAAUAAGGAGAAUCCCAUCGGUGUGGAAGGAGAUAUCUCUGGUGCGGGCGGCAAGAUAAGCGAAGCCGAUAAGAUUGUGAUCUCUACUAAGCAGAAGAUUGCUGAAGGUGAUUCACCAGCCGUUGGCGUAUCAGCUAGUAAUAGUGGCCGAGGACAUGAUCUUAUACCCAUCGACGACGGAGAUGCUUUCAAGCCGACCAUCAUUGAAGGGCCGGUUGAGGAGGAGCCUUCGUCGAUAGAAGACAGCGACGCGCCUGAGGUCACUGCAGACGCAAUCCCGAACCCAGGCGGCCUCGUGACUCCGGAAUCGACAUCUCCGAAUACGACGGGAUCGCUGUCGAAAUCCCAAUUCCGGUUCUUUUUAUAAUAGGAUUAGUGUACUGUUCUCGGGAUCUUUUCACCAACAAUUACAGACCUGUUUUACAUCCCGCUCCCGAAAAUUGCUGCCAACCUCGACUCUCGCGAUACACCAAGGUUUUCGUCAUUCAUAAGGCAGUAGGGGACAUGUCUAACGUUUUU